UUUUUCUAAGUUUUUUUUUUUUUUUCUGGACGAGUGUAUCUUUUCCUUUAUUUCUUCUAUACGGUUCCCCCCGAUCUAGUAACAACGUAAAGGAGGAAACGGCAGAAGCAUGACGUAUUCGAACGCAGUUUUGAACGAAGCUAAUCGGGAUGCUCAUCUUCAAGAUCCACGAACCCAUGUAGUCAGCGCCAUUGGUGCUGUUGGUACGGGAAAGUCCAGCUUACUGAACGCCAUGGCAGGCGAGCGUAUCUUUCGCACAGGUGAAGCUUAUGUAAGCAGCGGUAUAUGAUGACAAAGGAUCCUCGCUCACUUAGUGUGCGUGCCAACGAAAAGAGCAGCCUACAGGACCCAUAACACAGAUGUAUUGUUCAUCACUAGGCAACUACCAUGGAGAUCGAUAGCGUAGUGAGACCUUGGCAAUACGCGCCGGUAACCAAAUACGUCCAUAUGAUUGAUACCCCUGGUCUCUGUGAUACUUCUGCACGAGAUCGACAAAAUGUACAGGAAAUGGUCCGGUAUUUCAAAAGCCUUGCAUUUGGCGUCAGCUCAUUCUUUUUAGUAUUUGAUAUCAAGGACAUCCGAUUGGACGCAUAUACCCAAGACAUGCUUAGCUUGUUCCAGCAACUGCUAGGCAAGGAUUUCUGGAACUUUGUGGUAGUAGUCUUCACGCAUGUUGACGAAGAGGUGCGAGACGAGCUGGAUGAUGCCAUUGAGGCGGUUUUAGAUCCAACAGACGGUUUUGUGGCCGAGAUCUCUCGCAUUUUCAAGCUAUCGCCCAAGACAUUCGUGCCCAACAUAAUUUUUGCCACAACACAGAAUGUGCGCAUGAGCACCUAUGGUCAGCGACAGAUCAGAGAACUGUACAACUCGGUUGUUCGGUGUGAGGCACGUAACGAUCAGCGACGGUUUAACUGCACCUGGCUACGACAGAUCUUGACACAUCAGACUGAGGAGGAAAAGAACGACUUUAUUGUGGGCAGUAUCAUGGGUGCUUGGUCAUCCGUGACGUCCAAUGUUUGCCGAUUACAAUAGUGUGGGGGGAGGGGUUUCUGCUUGAUCCAAAAUAAGUAAUAAUAAUAUUUCAACAAACACAAGGAAAAUUUCCACAUUUCGUUCUUUUUGUUUUUCGUGUGCAUUGUGAACCCUCCACCUCCCUGUCACCUAAUGAAGUUCGCCCACACGCUUAUCUUGAAUGCUGUUCCGGAUUGGGUUGAUCAAUAUGUUGAGUAAGUCUUGUGCGUGUAUAAUCAGAUGGAAAAGCCGAAACGUGUGAAGUGACACAACAAACAAUUAUUUGAUGAUGUUUUCUGUUUGUUAUCGAACUGAAUUAUCAUUCUCAGCUAUGAUCAUUUGAAGAAACUGGCAUAUCGGAUCGAGCGGAUCAAUGUACAGCAAAUGCUGGAUCGACGGCCGAGUAUGGCACGUACCCUUGAGGAAGGCGGUAUCGAGAAAUCCGUAACAGUACCGUCACAGCACGACAUUCGAC